CGAUAUCCCCCCAAAUUAGCAUGCAUUUACUCCGUUCUUUAACUUAUUUGCGAAUCCAGCGGACAAUGGCGUAUUAUGCUGUUGCGAGUGGGCGAAAGGCGGGAAUCUACGAAACAUGGGCUCAAUGUGAGCAGCAGGUGAAGGGCUUCAAGAAUGCCGUCUACAAGAAAUUCAACACACGCCAGGAAGCGGAGCAAUUCAUAAACAUUAAAAGUAGCUACGCGCCCCAUGAAGUAGCAGUUCCGCUGGGACAAAAGCAGCCUCCGCCAUCAAGCUGGGGCACUACCAAGAAACAGGAGCCACAAUACACAGAAGCAUGGCCAGACGAAGAUCACGACCUGGUGGAGGACGAGCUGAAUGCAGCCAUGAAUGAAGUGGAGGGAGAUCCGAAACCAACCAGCAGUGGUAGUCUGAUCUAUGGAACGACACAAAAACGAAAAUUGGACACCAGCGAAGAUCGACAAAAGAAAAUAAAACGGCAUGUUUCCCGGGUUGCAGAAGCUGCUGGCAUCAAGCACGUCGGCGAAUUUGAGUUUGAAGUCGAUGCCGAGGGCUAUGUAAUUGUAUACACAGAUGGCUCUUGUAUAGGAAAUGGUCGCAAAGGAGCAAGUGCCGGCUAUGGAGUCUACUUUGGCGACAAUCACCCACUAAAUGCAGCCCAGCCAGUGAGCGGACGCGUCACAAAUAACGUGGGAGAGAUACAGGCAGCUAUUCAUGCCAUCAAGACGGCUCUGGAUUUGGGCAUUGGGAAGCUUUGCAUUUACACGGACUCGCAGUUCCUGAUCAACUCCAUAACCUUGUGGGUGCAAGGUUGGAAGAGGAGGGGCUGGAUGUUGGCAAACAAUCAGCCGGUAAAGAAUGUAGUAGAUUUUAAGGAGCUGGACGAACUACUCCAGAACAAGGACAUCAAAGUAAAAUGGAACUAUGUGGAAGCCCACAAAGGCAUUAAAGGCAACGAAAUGGCUGAUAAAUUGGCGCGACAAGGAUCCGCCUUGUACAAAGAACAGAAUUUAAAAUAAUCAUUAAUUAGACAUUAGUUUUUGAAUUUCGCGCUUAGACCAAGGUGUGGAAUGCAGCCGAUAUGGCAGCACCAAAUAAAAUCGCAGACAGUGACAACUCCA